GAUCGUGAAUGAAUGGUUAAACCGUUGAAGUGAAUAGGAGAUUCGAAUCCAUCAACGAGAGGCUUUCCAUAUGGAAACAAUAACAAUAUAAACGACUGUUGUUUCUGUACAAUAGCACACCGAAUCCUUCUUUUCCUUAUUAGCCGGUACUUUUCGAAUCAUCACGAUUCUGUUUUCUUUUCAUUCACAGCACACCCCAACACACUCUUUUGAUUCUUUAGACAAGAAUCUUCUGCUUUGCGAUUGUUUGUCUACUUCUUCUCACAUACGUACUACCAAAAAGCAUCGGUACAAAUUCGAAAGCUGUUUACACAUUUUCCUCCAGAGAUUUAUCUUUCGAGGAAAAAUGAAUCUAUCUCUUUUCACACUCGCCCUGGUGGCAUGUUACUCUUCUCAGCUGGCAGCUGCCCACACGGUCUUCACGACACUUUUUGUAAACGAUGUAUCGCAGGGCGAUGGAACUUGUGUGCGCAUGCCCUCGGAUCCUAGCACGGCUACAUUUCCCAUCAACGAUUUGGAUAGUGAUUCGAUGGCGUGUGGAUUUAAUGGGACGCGGGGAGUCGAGCGUGUCUGCGCGGUUAAUCAGACGGCUAAAUUGAGCUUCUUGUUUCGAGAGUAUGCGGAUGCGUCUCAGCAGGGUGCUAUCGAUCCGAAUCAUAAGGGCCCUUGCGCGGUGUAUAUGAAGCGUGUGGCUUCGGCUAUUAAUGAUACGGCGGUGGGGUCUGGCUGGUUCAAAAUCUGGGACGAGGGUUACGAUAACAGUACACAGAAAUGGUGCACCGAGAAGCUGAUCCAAAACAAUGGCUACCUCUCCAUCAACAUCCCCAGCGAUCUAGCAGGAGGGUAUUACCUCGCCCGGCCCGAACUUCUCGCUCUCCAUCAAGCGGAUAAAAAUCCUCCAAACCCUCAAUUCUACACCGGCUGUGCACAAAUCUAUCUCGAUUCCGCCGAAACCGCCAUCCCGAAAGAUACAGUGAACAUACCCGGCUACGUCAACAUCCACUCCCCAUCCGUCCUCUACAACAUCUGGAAUCCCCCACCGACACCCUACACCAUGGCAGGUCCCGCGCCCUACCAACCCGGCAUCUCCAGCAUCUCCAACACCACCGGUAGCAAGGCUGCGAAAUUCUCAGCCUACACUGCGCAGCAGAACGAAGGCCUUCUGCCGCAAGAUGCAGCGAUCACGAAUGCUAAUUGGUGGGGCGUCGAAGUCGCUUCUUAUACUACUGAAGCUGGGUGCUGGGACGCUAGCUCCGAUUGCUGGAAUCAGACGACCGUGUGUUAUGAUUGUGCGCCGCCGACGGGGGAUAAGGGGUGUAGGGAGUGGGAGGCGCAUUGUACGGCGAUCCAGAAGGGUUGCGAGGGAGGGAGUUUUACGGGACCGCCUGUGAUUGUUAAGACGGAGGGGGCGAUGACGAUGGCGAUGACGGCGACGAUUGCGCCGGCGGCGGAACAGACUGGGGGUGUGUAUGCGGCGAGUUCGACGGUGGUGAGUGUGGGGAGUUUGGGGGUGAGUGAGGAUGGAAAGUGUGGGGAUGGAAAUGGGCAGACGUGUAAGGGGAGUUUGUUGGGGGAGUGUUGUAGUCAGGUGGGGUAUUGUGGGAGUAGCGAGAGUUAUUGUGGGGUGGGGUGUCAGGGGAAUUUUGGAGUUUGUGGAUGAGUUGAGUUGGGGUGGGUGGGUUGGAAAGGGGGGGGAAAGAGGAUGUGGCAGGAGAUGAGAUGAGAUGAUCUUGGAGAGUUGAGGAAAUUGGGAACACCGUAGUGGGUGGAUUAUGAAAUGGGAGGAUCGGGGGAGGGAGGGAACAGGGAAUGAUAUUGCGACGAAUUUCUCAUGAUAUUUACAUUUCGAUUCCGAUUUGGUUCGAGUUCACUGACACACGACGACGCAACUCGAAAGACAGAAAGGAGAGGAGAGGAUAGGAUACGAUAGACUGAGCAGGACUCGACACUCCUUCCUCAACGACGACGAAGAUCAAGAUCAAGAUGAAGCACAUUCCAUUCUUCCAUUCUGUACAUAUUUGUCUAUACCUUCCAUAGAUCCCAGAUGCUAGAUCCUAGAGCAGAAAUAUGAAAUCCGAAGAUUAAAACCGAAAAAGAAAAAGAAAAAGAAACCGAAAAGGAAAAGGAAAAGGAAAACACGCGAGACAAUAAUACCUAUGCA